AUCCCAACCCUUGUUUCUCAUAAUAAUAAGAAGAGAAAGAAGUCCUAAUUUGGCCUUCUUUCUCUCCAACAUCUUCCUCUUCUCUUUUUUUAACAUCUUUUUAACUCCCUUAUAAACAUGGGUGGUUGCACUAGCAAGCCUAAAACCAUGGAGAAGGAAGGCGUUCCCGUUCCCGUUCUUGUUGUUAAGGAGUCGAAGAAGACCACAACAACCAAGAAGGAUGCACGAUCAAAGAAGGAGAAGGAUGUCAAUGUCGAAAGUGAAGAAAAAAAGAGUCAGGAUGAUAAUGAAGCUAACCAUAAGAAGGUUGAGGGUGAAGCAACCAAAGAAGCAAUCGAGGACAAAAAGGAGAAGCCUAAAGAAGAAGACCACAAAGAAGACGCGAAGGUUCAAGCAGCAUCGCUUGUCGCCACCACUGCCGCACCUGCGCUGGUCGAAGACAAAAAUGCCACCGUCGAAGUAGCUGCUGUCGUGCCUAAGGAACUCACCUUCGAAGUAGCGGCUGUCCAGAAUAAGAAACCCACCGUCGAGGCACCGGUAGCGGACGGAAAACCCGCCGUCGAGGCACCGGUAACGGCCGGGAAACCCGCCGUCGAGACACCGGUAGCGGCCGAGAAACCGACCGUGGAGGCACCGGUAGAGGCGAAGAAGCCCGCCGUCGAGGCACCGGUGGAGGCAAAGAAGCCCGCCGUCGAGGCACCGGUAGAGGCAAAGAAGCCCGCCGUCGAGGCACCAGUAGAGGCGGAGAAACCCACGAUUAAGGUACCAGGAGAGGCAAAGGAACCAAGCGUUGAGGCGGCAGCGGCAGCAUCAGCAGCAGUGGCAGCGGAACAAAAACAUUAGCAGGAAAAACACAAUGAAAAUGAUUGGAAUAUGUAACAUUUAAUUCAUUUCAUUUUAGAAAUUAUGAACGGCAAUGCCAAAUGCUUAUAAUUCUUUUAUUCCAUAACUUCCAUCCCACUAAUUUUUUCCCCCAAAUUAAAUUAAAUUUAUUUUAUUUUUUGCCACGUGGCCGAUAUUUAGCCGGGGAUUCCAAGAGCUUCAUUCAUAAACAUCAUUUCCUGUAUCGUAUGCGCAGAAACAAACGAACCGAAAGAUCAGAUCUGAAACAGGGGCGGCGAUGAAGAAAUCUACGGCGGCGACGGGGGUGGCGAUUCUGUGCUUCAUCCUACUUUCUGCGGCAGCGAUGACGGUUUCAGCCGACGCCGCAGACUGCAUCGACGGCUGCUUCACCGCCUGUGUCCAGAAAGACACGAGGCUGAUGCAGCGUUGUGAGGGCAAGUGCAGGAUUAAAUGCGGUCCAGGUACUAAAUUUGAAGGGGAAGAUAUUAUUACUUAAAAGCAACUGAGAAGAGAAAUAAAUAAGGAAAUAUAAUUAUAAAUUAAUGUUUCUCGUUUCUUAAUAAUCAUGGUCUGUUUGUAAAACUCUAAAUUCUGUGUGUAUUGUUCUGUGUUUCUUCUGUGUGUAUUGUUCUGUGUUUCUUC